AUGACGACCAGCUGGAAACCUCACGGCGGAUAUUUGGACAAGCAGGUCGCCAUUGUGGACGGCACCACAGGAGCACAGCGAACCUUUGCAGAUCAUCACAAAACAAUUGGAGGUCUAGCUGCUGCUUUACGGGAUGAUAUGGAUAUUCAGGAGACAGACUGCGUUGCCUUGUACUGUCCAAACCAUGUCGACUAUUUACCGACAGCACUGGCCGUUUCCUUGACAGGAGCCAAGCUGACACCCAUCAAUCCACUGUAUACCCAACAUGAACUCGGAACCAUUCUAGAACGCAGCCGUAGUUCGGUACUCAUAACGCACCACCGGCUGUUGGAUGUGGCACUCCAGUCGGCAAGCCAAAGCAAGUUUGUGAAACAUGUGAUUGUGCUCACGGACCACGGCGAGGCCAUUCCAGAAGGGACAAUCCACUUGGACAGUCUGCGGAAUCAUCCGCAAACUCUGCAUUGUACGGUUGCGCAAGUGCACAAACAAACAGACACGCAUCCUUUCUUACUGCCCUACUCGUCAGGUACGACUGGACUGCCCAAGGGUGUUUGCCUAAGUCACCGCAACUUGGUCGCCAACCUACUACAGUACGAUGAAGUCGAAGGUAUUAUCUUUGCUCCCGAUCAAAAGGUGAUAUCACCGCUACCAUUCUUUCAUAUUUAUGGCUUCUUGGCAUCACUGUUAUACUCGGCCUACAAGGGCAUUACACUGGUGACAACUUCAGGUCGCUUUGAUUUGGAGGAAUUUUGCAAACUUGUGGAACAACACAGACCAUCCAGAGCCCAUCUCGUCCCACCCAUUCUCAUUGGGCUGGGCAAAAGUCCGGUGGUUGACCAGUAUGACUGCUCAUCAAUUCGCGUAAUUUCGAGUGCGGCAGCGCCCAUGGGUCCCGAAACCGAAGACGCCGUUCAGAAACGUUUGCAAUGUACGGUCAAACAAGCCUGGGGCAUGUCGGAGUUAUCUCCGCUUGGUACCGUUAAUUCGGAUUUCAAUACCAAGUCAGGCAGUGUGGGACCACCUGUUUCUUCUACGUACGCGAAAAUUGUGGACAAGCACGGAUACAGCCUGGGGCCGCACCAGACAGGUGAACUGCUCAUCAAAGGACCACAAGUCAUGAUGGGCUACUUGGACGAUCCGGAAAAGACGGCCGAGUGUUUGACGGAAUCGGGAUGGUUACGGACGGGCGAUGUAGCGUACUAUGAUGAGGAAGGUUUCUUCUUUAUUACCGAUCGCAUCAAGGAACUUAUCAAAGUACGGGGCUACCAGGUCGCUCCUGCAGAAUUGGAGGCACUAUUGUUGACGCACGAGGCGGUCAACGAUACCGCCGUCAUCCAGGUGGAAGACGAGUCGGCUGGUGAAUUGCCGCGUGCGUACAUUGUUUUAGAAAACAAUGAAGGUUCACAAGCCACGACCGCAACCGUUAUCUACGAGUGGGUCAAGGAGCGAGUUGCGCCGUACAAACGUUUGGAUGGCGGCAUUGAAUUUGUAGACGCCAUUCCUAAAUCAGCGAGCGGUAAAACAUUGCGGCGAAUUUUGCGAGAUCGAGUCAAGGCAGCUACGGACCUAUGA